CAGUCGCUCUUGCUAUCUAUGUUACACCACAUAUCAUGUCUGGUGUUGUAAUACAACUUCAGCAAUAUCAGCCUUCCGCCGCCACCACCUUCCUCACGGACCAAUCAGGACAUACACGAGAUGCGUCUGGAGAUUCUGACCUCCUUCGCUCCAUACGUGCUGCUAUUCGAAGUUCUGGUACUAACGCUGUGAACACAACUUUUAGCCCCUUCUUCACAGGCGGUUCGGAGUCCUGGAUAGACCAAGAACUUUCUGGAAUGACUAUUGCGUUCGUCCUGAGCGAGGGAGGCAUCAUCAAAAGGAAAUGGGACCUCACCCAAGAAAACCAGAUCAUCCGGCAUGCUUGCAUUGGAAAGCUCAUGCAGUCGACGGGAUCUUCUAGUCGUCAAGCUCAUGGCAGUGCUCACUACACGCGAUCCAACGAAACGCCCGGAACGACGAACAUCUUUGGGCCCUUUGCCUCGCUCAGAGGUGAGGCUAAAGCUGUCGAGGAUUUGGACGAGGAAAUAUCGGGUGUAUUUGUUUUUUUGAGAAGUAUUGGAAAGGUUUUCUUGCAGAAUGGGAUGGACUACACGUUUUCACUUCCCUUCGUCCUCACUGGCGUCCUUAUUCAGCGGAUCCUUGAUCCAGCCGAAGUCGACGAGGCUCGUGCUACUGGAGAUGAUCCGUUGCCUACUAUAUUCACCAUCACGAGCGUUUUCUCGGAGCCUGCAGCUGUAGGAAUUACGAGUGGCAUUUUGGGAGGUUGCGGUAAUGAACCUGUUGCUUUAGUAGAUGAGGAAGAGAAUUGUUCCAAGCCGCUGGUCGCUAUCUCUGCUAGCGAGGAGGUCGUCUGGGUCUCUCCUGGUGUCUCUAAUCAAAUUCGCGAAUAUUUGGUCACCUUUGAUGCAGACAAGGCGGGUCUGUCUAUCUGGAGAUACGCAUACAUAAAGCCCAAAGACGCUCCCGUGCCUCUUACUCGGACUAGACACCAUAGCACUUCACGAAAGAGCAUGUCUGCCCAUGCGAACAGGCGACAAUCAGGCUCUGUCAGCGACAUUCUGGAAUUUGAGCGCCGUCUACCUCCGCCCUCUCAGGACAUGGAGUUUGAUGGCAAUUUCCCCCCACCGUUUCCCCCAAUGUCAGGACUUCCGCCUUCAACGACAUCUGGUAUCGCUGCGCAGCCACCAAUAUCAGGAAGAAAACGUGAAUCACUCACUCGCCUGGAUCUUAGUUUGACGAUGGACAGAAUGGCGCUUGGAGGACAGAAAGACGCAGAAGUGUUGAUCACCCUUGUUGAACAUGGAAGAAUGAAGGCGUCUUACUGGGCUCAACAAUUGACCACUCAUCAUUUGGGAGGGAGACAAUUGUCGGCCCGGGAUAUAUCUGUUGCAUUGUUUGAUCAACGCUUUGAUGGCACGGCUCAUCAUUCUCUCCUCGCAGUCUGCCUGCCCGAGGCUCGGGUGAUCGUCUUUAUGAUUACCGUUGACGAAGGCAAGAAAUCAUUUGCGGUCGAGAGCAUCGGCACCUUAGAAGCCGUCGCAAUCGCCUCGAUACGCGCGACACGUGCUGACAUUUGGGAUCUCCUUGCGGUGAAGAAGGAUGGUUCGCUAUCCUUGUUUACCCACGGAUUGCACGAACUCCGUAUACGACUGAGGCUUGCGCAACCGUGGAACGGCGACAACAACGGCUCAUCUGAGGUCAUCUCACUUGAUCACGUUGUAGCAUUGAAGCAUGUUUGCGUCUCCUCGGUGUAUAUGGAGAUGAGUGAUGGGAAGGUCUAUUAUGUGCGACUGGACAUGACCCCAUGCGAUCCACUGGUGACCCAGGCCAUGCAGGUUCUGGCACUUGUGUUGCCGAAAGCCCAAGCUUUUGACCUACACCGGAACUUUCUCGAAUCGUGGUCACAGCGUUACUUCCGAACAUCACCUGGGCUCGAAUUCCAGCAGUUCACGCUUGCACUUUUCGCACUUCUUGAGCUCAAGCUUGUAUAUCCUUUCAAAGAUGACGAGUCCCAAAGUCCCUCUGUAUGGGAAAGAUUUUCAGCCUUGUCUACUUCUAAUCGUUCUUUCAACGAUGAUCCUGCUCUCAAGCGCUUGAAGCUUCCUACACCUCCGACAACGCACCAUUGCUUUCUUUUCACUCUGAACGUUAACCCUCUCCUCGCGCCCGUGCUCUAUGCAUUGCACAUGUUGGCAGAGGACCUCCGCUUAGUCGUUCUCCGAUACGAAUCCCUCAUGCUCCUCAUCCCUUUGAUAUGUCAAAUUGCACACAUUGUUCGACCAGAAUGGGCAGAUUACUGGAAGCGCCUCUGUCCUAACAUCAUGCCAGGAUGGCCAGCCCCAUCCACAACACGUGUGGAAAUGCUGGACGACCGGAUACCAGUCUGGCCACCCGAUAUGUCGGCGAUUCUAUACGGAAGCAUAAGUAACCCUGACUGGCAAUUCCCGUCGUAUGGAACUUCGCGACUGGCCCGAUCCUUUUCGAUUGAUCCGUCUUUUGCUUUUGGUGACACCGAACCCCUCAUGUCUUUGCAGCGUCUCACGGCGGCCUACAUGUGCCUUGCUGAUAAGACGGUGUCAUCUACGCAGAAGCGGGCGGAACUGACCGUCGAGAAGUUCGUCGGUACGCUUGGGACAGCGGCGAAGGGAACCGCGUUCCUCAAUAGUCUCCCGUUGGGUAUUGCAGCGCCCCUGAGGGAAGCUGUUAGAACGUGCCAGCUGUCGCCUCCUUCACACUGGCGCACAGAGCAUUAUGACCUUAUCGGUCGGCGUGACUUGGCUUUCAGCGUCGCUGGGACGCAGCCAGAGCUCUCUCAGAAGGGCAUUGCUCAGUCUGCUGAGACCUAUAUGAACACCCACCGACGAGCCACGAUCAAUAGUCUGGCUGAGCAGGCAAAGUCUGCGAGUCUCGGAGAAAUCGAUGCGGUCUCCGGAGUCGAGCUCGAUCUCAAGGGUUUCACCAAGAUCCGAUUUGGUCAAGAUCGCAGGUUGGAAGAAGUGGCUCGUAUGCUUUGUUCGUCAGCGAUUCCAUCGGUUCGGCUUGUAGAGCGACCAGAAUUGAAUGAACAUGACCAGGCGAAAGAGCAACAACAUCAAGUGGUUCGUAUUGCAGAACGAACGCUUGCACUACCCUAUGGCCGUGCUAUGUUCACCUUUGGUUCUGUGUUGACGGUCACAAAAGAAGCAUAUGUCACCCCCAAGAUGGAGUAUGCGGUCAAGGUACAACCGUCAAAUAUUACUACUGCACCCGAGCUUGGCAAGAUACCUAUCGAAUGCCUCAACUGGGGCGAGUUCCAUAAUGGUGUUGCAGCAGGACUACGUAUCGCUCCGGAAGCUCGCGGUGUGGAGAGUUCGUGGAUUGCCUUUAACAAGCCUUCCGAGCUCACACCAGAACAUGCCGGCUUCUUGUUUGGUCUUGGGCUUACGGGACACCUCAAGGAAAUGCUUACAUGGCAUACCUUUGGCUAUCUAACCCCAAAGCAUGACCUGACCUCCAUCGGCGUCUUGCUUGGUUUGUCCGCUGCGAACGCUGGGACAGGCAAUCGCCAUGUGACAAAGUUACUUGCCGUUCACACCCCAGCCUUGCUUCCUACACAGAGCGUUGACCUGAACGUAUCCCUCAUGACCCAAGCGGCCGGUUUGGCGGGCGUUGGAAUUCUAUACCUCGGUACCAAAAACAGGCGCAUGGCAGAAGUAUGUCUUCACCAAAUUAGCCGAAAAGACCUCGUGCAACCAGACCUCAGCAAUGAACACCGAGAGGCUUAUACAUAUUGUGCUGCCUUAGCCUUCGGCAUGAUCAUGCUAGGUCAAGGUUCCUCCGUACCCGCAGAUCUCUCAUCGCUCAAUCGUCUCCGCGUCCUUGUGCAUGGUGAAGGAAAGUCUGUUGUGGAUUCCCAAGCACGGUCGACAUUCGAUGUCAAUAUCACAUCGCCAGCAGCUUCUAUCGCACUUGGGCUGAUGUAUCUCAAGACGGAGCGGCGAGAUGUCGCUGACAUCCUGGGGAUCCCAAGCACGGUCCUAGAACUGAACCGCAUACAACCCAGCUUUCUGCUCAUGCGGACCAUUGGAAGAUCCUUGAUCAUGUGGAAUGAUAUCGCUUCGACGCUUCCGUGGCUACUUGCCCAGGUUCCCGAGCCUAUUGUGAAGGCCAUGCACGGCCACGGACGAGGAAAACCAGCUGACGAUGCAAUCGAGCUUGCCUAUUAUAACAUCAUUGCGGGUUGUUGUUUUGUUAUCGGCUUGAAGUACGCAGGGACAGCUCGUCAUGAGGCAUAUAUCAUGCUCUCGAAUUACUUUGAUAUGUUCAGCAGAUUUGUGGCAACUAGUGGCCCUGCCUUCGAUCACAAGAUCAAACGCUCUGCUGUUCGUGAAGGCCUGAACCUCAUUUCCAUUGCGCUUUGUAUGGUCAUGGCAGGUACAGGAGAAAUCACCUGCUUACGACGCCUGAGAUAUGCAUAUGGGAUGUAUCACCAAGCGUUUCGAUAUGGUGUCCAUGUUGCAACUCACCUAUCGCUCGGUUUAUUAUUCCUCGGAGCCGGUCGGUAUACCCUCGGAACUUCGAAUGCCGCAAUAGCUUGCAUGGUUGUUGCCUUCUUCCCCCGUUUUCAUCACGUAUCAUCGGACAACAAGAGCUACCUUCAAGCUCUUCGUCACCUCUGGGUUCUUGCAGUCGAACCCAGAUGCCUCAUGGCACGGGAUGUUAACACUCGAGAGGCAGUCUAUCUCCCUGUCAAGAUCACCACGAAAGAAGGGGCCGAAAAGGGCGCAACGCAGUUGAUAUCGCCCACGUUAAUACCGGAUUUCAACAAAAUUUUGUCUAUUAGAAUCGAUACGCCUCGCUAUUGGCCAUUCUUUGUGGACCUUGAACACGUACCGCAGCACAGGAGAAGCCUGUUGAAGCACCAAACAUUGUACGUGAAGCGCCGCACGGCUUUCUUAAGCUAUACGGAGGACCCCAGGGGAAGUAGAAGUCUUUUCGUUCGUUCUGGUUCUUCCGCCGGAGAUGCUGCAACUUUGGACUUCCCACAAUUGACGGACACAAAGGCACACCCCGCAAGCGACCUCACUCAUUUCAUUUCAUCCUUCUCCAACGACAUCUUAUUCCUGGCUUUCGCGGAUCACUUUUCACGCGAAGACGGUAAGACGGUCGAAGAGAGAGUCUUCCACAAUUACUGCCACGCGGUCCUACUUGAUAGCAUUCUUCAAGAUAAGAUGGAAACAUUGCAGUCCCAUCUAAUGCUUUAUCAAUAUCGCACACAAUUGCCAUCGAGCAGCUUCUUCCAUCUUCGGCUCCAAGAUCUGCGCUUUGCUGUCGACUUUUACAGCAAAGUCUAUGAUCGGCGGUUCAGCGGGAGAUCCGAGAAUAACCUUCGACCUUCUCUGAUCCGUGAAAAUACUGUCUCUGGAGCAUUACAAGCCUUGGAUGAGCGCCUCGCGGAAGUCCAAAGUUCUACAGCCCUUAAUAUGGUCUUUGGCAGAUAUGCUCGCGGGGAACUUAUUGUGGAGUCCGAAGAUGCCCCGGAGGUGUCGCGCUGGCUAGCUUGGUACCUCCUGCGUCAUGGCGUUCCGUCGGCAUCGCUGCUAGCGAUCCUCAAACAGCUUGCCCAAGAUGCUCAUGCGCAAUGUGCCACCUCCGGGAACGUUGAUUUGAGGACGCUGGAUGAGGGUAUAAAGGAAGUUCUAAGGGGGACGGGGACGAAAAUGAAUACAGUGUUUGGGUCAGGGUGGUCGGGUCCAUCCUUGGAGAGGGUUAUUGAUGCAUGGCAAGGACAUUCGUAGACAUGCUGUAGCUGAUUUCGUUGGCAAUCUUCUUUGUUGUGGUUGCGAUUACAUGUAUAUCGCGUUGUAAGACCCCGCUAAGUUUAAGAAGAUGUGGCACCACGUGCCAUAAGGAAUAACUAUCUUCCUACUACUUACUUAGUCUGUCUUUAGGAUGUCGCUCAGACGCCC